AUGUGGUCAAUGAAUUGGGAACAACAGCGAGUCCUCUCAUACUGUAUAUUUGUCGAGUCUUUAACUCUUUUAGUUGGUCUUAUUGCAUAUUUAGUACACACUGUUUUGGUCCAAUACUUCUAUCGCUGCAAAAAGUCACCAAAUUUUGAUAAAGUUUGGCGACCCCCACUAUUCACCCCUCGAAGGAUUUGCCAUAUUGGGGUUUUGGCGUACAUUGCCGUCCAAAUCAAUUUUCUAGUAUGGUUGUCGAUAUACAUAGGCGAACUCGACACAGGACGAAUUGAAAACCAAGACUUGGUCUUCAGUUAUUACGAGUACUCGAAUUUGUUUGACAUCUCCGUUUACCUCUUGUUGUUUAUCUUGGUCUUAGCAGCAUUGAAAAUCCAAUUAAAUGGGAUGGAUGAAACAAAUGAUAGCAAGUUAAUGCAUAUCUUUGAUAUUGUGUGGACCAUCACCGUCGCAAUUUUAAUACUCAACAUCAUGACACAUAUCUCGUCAAUGGUAUAUUUCUCAGUUAUGCCUCCGAGCUUAAAAAGUAACAUGACAGAGAGUUUCAGUUUCAUUUACACAUUCACAACAAACACUUUUGCUUUCACACAACUCUGUUUGUUACUUUUCUGUCUUGCUCUUACUCUUGUCUUCAUGAAAAAGGUCUUUAACACAUUAACAAAUAAACAGGCGCGUGAAAUCAAAAUCAGGUCGUUAGUGUGUGGGUGGUUGUUGUUCACCAUCAACACCGUGAGAAUGUUUUUCUGCUUGGAAAACAUUGUCUACUAUAGUAUUGCACACUUCAAUGAGGAAAACACAGACAGUGGAUUUUAUUUGAAAUUCACAGAUGUCCUAUUCAUUCUCUUCCUCAAAUUUUUGCCAUGUUUCUUGAUUAUCGGAAUGAUGAACAAGCCGACACUUGGGUGUUAA